CCCUUCCCGGCGGAAGCGGGGCGCUGUGCGGAUGGAGGAGCGGCGCUACCGCUCGGCGUCGGGGGCGCCGCUGGCGCUGCGGUGCCGCCAGCACAGCGCUUCCUGCCGGGAGCUGGCCGUGCGCUGCCCCCGCCUGCAGCUCCGCUCGCUCAGCGCCGUCACCUCCGCCGUCUGGCUGGCGGCCUACGGGCUCUUCGUGCUGUGCCAGAACAGUAUGGUGCUUUCUGCCGCUAUAUUCCUCACGCUGAUCGGCCUGAUCAUCUACCUGCACUUUGUGAAAAUUGACCAGGAAUCCCUACUGGUCAUCGGCUCCCUUGGCAUUCAGGUGACUUCAUCCUACGCUUCAGGGAAAGAGAGCACAACCUUCAUUGAGAUGAGCCAAGUGAAGGACGUGGUUAUCAAUGAAGCCAUCCAUAUGCAAAAAGUGAUCUAUUACCUGUGCAUCCUCCUGCAGGACCCCCAGGAUCCUCAGGGAGUGUCUGAGGUUGUGCCGCUCUUUCAGAGUUCCCAACCACGUCUGGACUGCUUGAUAGAAGUGUACAAAAGUUGUCAUGAAAUCCUUGAUCAGAGGAAGGCAGCUUCACAAUCAGAUGGAGUAAAAUAAUUUAACAGAUAAUCAAGAUGGAAAAUUUGCAGCAGGACUUGAAGAGAUGUAUGGAAAAGCAAGCAAAUCUGACCUGUGGCUUUUUAAAAUGUUUAGAAUGUGAUGCAGUUGUAAGAAUGACAUUAUUGCUAACAGCCUGCAGAGACUCACAGAGCUGUUGCAGAAGAUGUCAGCUGAAGCACACAAGUGAACCUAGAAAUUGACUGUUAUGAAAGCAAGUGAGCAAAACAGAAUCAGACAGAAGAGAUUUUUCUGUGCAUCUCCGGAAAAAAGUAUGGCAAGAGGAGACAAGAAUAUGCAACACAUGUUUACUCUUCCGUGGAUCCAAGAAUUCAGAUAAACACAAAUAGUAACUUUGGGCAGACAGAAAAGAGUACCUCGGGGUUUGGGUUUUUUUUUUUUAAGUUUCUUUUCCUUUCUUGGAAAGGUUAUCAAAACAGAGGGGAACUCCAGAUAAUGACAGAAAAUGAAAAUGUACUGUUGCUUUGAUUUAUAUUUAUGGAAUUAAACAUAGCAGAGCAUACUUCAGUUUCUUCAGGAAUCUGCUUGAAAGAGUCCCAUGGUAUGGGACCCUAGAGAGAAGAGUCCAAGAUCGAUACUCAGGGAUCACCUCCUCCAAGGACAUGGGUAGUCCAUCCCAACAAGUAAAAAGUUGAGCAAAAAUGGCAAGAGGCCUGCAUGAAUGAACAAGUUAUUCCUGGCAAAAUUCAAAUGCCAAAAGGUAGAAGUGAGGACAGGUAGUCUGGGAGCAAUAGAUAGACUGUCCAAGCAUGCAAGGCAUGUGGUUAGGGGAGCCAAAGCCUAUCUGGAAUUGAAUUUUUCUAGGAAUGCCAAAGGCAACAAAAAGGCCUUCUGUGAGUACUCGAGUAACAAAAAGGCAAGGAAAACGUGAGCCCACUGCUGAAUGGUGUAGAGGUGUGAUAACACAGGACCUGGAAAAGAACGGGGUAUUGAAUGCCUUUGUCAUUUCAGUCUUUACUAGAAAGACAAGACUUCAGAAAUCCAAGGAUGCAGAUAGCGAGGGAAAGUUCUGGAGCAAGGAAGACCCUUGAUGGCAGAGGAUCAGGCUAGAAAAUACUUAAGCAAACUGUGUGGAGUUUGCUAAUGACACAAUCUCAGAGGAGUGGCUGAUAUGCCAGAGACGUGUGCUGCCAGCCAGAGGGACCCAGACAGGCUGGAGAGGUGGGCAUGCAGGAACCUCUUGUAGUUCAACAAAGGGUCCAGCACCUGGAGAGGAAUUACUCUGUGCUGUUCCUUCCAGUACAUGCUGGUUCUUUUUCGGAAAAGGACCCGGGGGGUCACAGUGGACACCAAGUCGAACAGGUGCCAGCUGUGUGUCCUUAGUACAAAAAGGCUAAGAGUGUCCUGGGUUGCAUGGGAGAUGCAUUGCUGGCAGUUCAGGGGAAGGGAUCCCUCCCCUCUCCUUAGUACUGGUAAGACCACACCUGAAGUGUGCAUCCAUUUUUGGGCUCUCCAGUAUGUGGACAGUGAAGGGCUACUUGCAUAGGUAUGGAGCUGGAACCUGAAGAAAGACUGGAAGAGCUAGGGCUGUUAAGCCUAGAGAAAAGAGGGUUUGGGGGCAAUCAUAUAUAUAAGUCCCUAAUGGGAGGUUGUAAAGAAGAUGGAGUCAAACUUUUUGGGGUUUGGACCAGAGGUCCCUUCCAACCUCAUCCAAAAGAGCCAGAUCAAUUACUAUGAGAAUAUGAAAGAAAUAUGUUGUUUAAAAUCAUAAUAAUGACUAUGUGAAUAAAGUAACUUAAUGUGGAGAAA